CUUUCGUGCACAUGACAAGCUGAAGUCUGGUGAUAUUGGGGCUCCUGUGAAGUAGCUGACUGAGUUUUGACAUUUGUGAAGGGGUUUGCGAUGAGUUCAUUAAAAGGAAAGAUUAUUACUGUUGUCGGGAGUGGGCUGAUCGGCCGCUCCUGGGCCAUGGUGUUUUUGAGUGGAGGAUACAUGGUCAAGAUCUAUGACAACAAACCUGGACAAGCAUCAGGGGCCAUCACAGAGAUCAGGAAACAGAUUGAGGAGCUUCAGCAAGCCAAUAUGCUGAGAGGAAAUCUCACGGCUGCAGAGCAGUUGAGUCUACUCAGCAGUCAUGAUGACCUGCAGCAGGCCCUGGAGGGAGCUUUCUUUGUCCAGGAGUGUGUGUUUGAGGACCUAGAAGCAAAGCAGACUGUCUUCCAUGAGGUUGAGAAUCUUGUCACAGAAAGCGUGAUUCUCAGCAGCUCCACUUCCUGCCUGAUGCCAAGCAACAUGUUCUCUCGUGUCCAGAACCGAACUCGGUGCAUCAUUUCUCAUCCGGUAAACCCGCCCUACUAUGUGCGUCUGGUGGAGCUGGUGCCACACCCCGAAACACUGCCUGCUGUAAUGGAUGUUGCUUACUCACUGAUGACAGAUGUCGGGCAGGCACCUGUGCGACUCAGGAAGGAGAUCGAUGGUUUCGCAUUGAACCGUGUUCAGUAUGCCAUCAUAGCCGAGUCCUGGAGGCUGGUUCAGGAUGGAGUGAUCUCAGUGAAGGACAUUGAUCUGGUGAUGUCUGAGGGCUUGGGCAUGCGCUACGCUUUUAUAGGUCCCAUUGAAACCAUGCAUCUCAAUGCACCAGAAGGUAUGGUAGAUUAUCUCCAGCGCUAUAGCCAGGGCAUGAAGAGGGUUCUUAAUACUUUUGGACCUGUUCCAGACUUUUCCGGAGAGCCAGCAGCUAGAAUUAUAAAAGAGAUCUGUGAGUUGAUCCCUGCUGAACAGGAGCACCUUACAGCCAGGAGAGAGAGAAGAGAUCAACUGCUGAUGGGACUAGCUAAACUGAAGGAAUGAGGCUAGUCCAUGAGACACUACUGUACCUAAAUGGAAGUGGUUAUGGAUCCUCUGAGCCAUUGUUGUCCUUGGUGUUAAAUAUUUUUAUUCCAGUCAACAGAAUAUUGACUAAAGAGCACUUUAAUGUGAAAUUUACAAUUAAAAGGAAAACAUGCGCAAUUGAAAGUGAA